CCUAGACAUCGUUUGUGCUACGAUGAUGUUACGAACUACGCAUCAGCUGAUAUGUCCAUUGGCGACACUACUGUAACAGACGCUCCUUCAUCACCUAACGCUGAUCACAUAGAGAAUACGUUUUUCAACAAUGAUACUAUGGCUGCUUUUGAGAAAGGUCCUAAAGGACGUUUGAGUUACGACAGAUUAACAAAUUACUCAGUAGCCGAUAUGUCGCUGGUCGAAACGGCUGUAACGGAUAGCACUGAAGCUCCAAGCACAGCUGAGGCAUUCGGUUCGCUGUGUCAUUCUUCUGAGAAUAUGUUCAUUUCUGACAACACAUUCAGAGAAGCAGAUGCUGGGCAGAAGGCCACCUUGAAUCUCAAUGCCACUCAGUACAGUAACAUUGACAUGUCCCUCAACAGCACCGUUGAUUGUUCUUCACGUGAGUCAUGUUCUUUUUGUACUUGA